CCCCUGAUCUUGUGACGUCACAGGGUACCGACGGCGGCCAUAUUUGUUUAGUUGCUAGAGACUCUCGAAGAACUUUGUGCUCUUACCGACCUAAGAAUCUACAGUAAUGGGGCUGCUGUCGUUGCUGCGGAAGCUAAAAUCAGAGAAGGAUAGAGAAAUGAGAAUUUUGUUGCUUGGUCUGGACAACUCGGGCAAGACCACCAUUUUGAAAUCGCUGGCGUCGGAGGAUGUUUUGCAUAUUACUCCAACUCAGGGUUUUAACAUCAAGUCUGUCCAGUCGAAAGGGGGGUUUAGAUUGAACGUCUGGGACAUUGGAGGACAGCGAAAAAUUCGGCCGUAUUGGAAAAAUUACUUCGAAAACACGGAUAUAUUGAUAUACGUAAUUGACAGUGCAGACCGUAAAAGAAUGGAAGAAACUGGCACUGAGUUAGAUGAGUUACUUGAAGAGGAAAAGCUCAUAGGUGUGCCUCUACUUGUCUUCGCUAAUAAACAGGAUUUAAUGAAUGCAGCAACUCCAGCAGAGAUUUCCUCUAAUCUAGGCUUAAACACGAUACGUUCUAGAGGGUGGCAAAUACAAGGAUGCAGUGCCUUAACAGGUGAAGGAGUCCAGGAUGGUGUUGAAUGGGCGAUGAGAUAUGUUAGCAAGAAGUGAUACCACAAGCCUUUGAAUAUUUAUUUAGAAGGGAUACAACUUCAUCAUUACACAACACACACCGUUACACAUGCCUGAGCCAGAUAUUGUAGUACGACAGAAAAGUCAAUUUAACAUGAUAUGAUGGCAUGUAUCACCACCAUUCUACUGGGGAAGGGUCUCAUUAGCUGUCCUGGGGGCUAGAAUUACGGUGUUAGCCUUAAUGCCAAUGUUGUAAUAUGAUUAGUAGAUAAAUAAUCUUGUGUUAUUUCCAUGUACAUACAGUAUUUUAAUUCUGUAGACCUUAAAAGGUCUCCUGGUGGUGUACUAUAGGUGUUUUGUUGAUUUAUUUGUACUGUGCAUGUAUUUUUAAAUUGUCAAUUUCUGUUAAUAAAGACUCUUUAUACAUA